AUGCACAAGGGGUUUGGCAAAGCAUUGGUCCGGACUCAGUGGGGUGGUAUGUGUCUAGAAAUGGCACAUUGGCUCUGGAAAUUGUCGAUGAAGGUGGAAAUGAAUGUCGGGUCUAUGCCCAAAGGCAUGCUGUGGAGUAAUGCGCCGGCCGAUGUCAACUCCAUUCCCCGUGGUCGCUUCGCGCUUGCUUGCAUCGACUAG